AUGCCUCUCUCCAAGCUACAGGGCGCGAAGCUCCCCGCGUCGGCCGACUUCCAUGUUCACCUUCGCGAUGGUGACAUGAUGGAGCUGGUUACGCCUACGAUCAGACAAGGUGGUGUGAACACCGUUUUCGUCAUGCCCAACCUGGUGCCGCCAGUGACAACCGUCGACCGCGCGCUCGACUACAAGAAGCGCCUGCAAGCUAUUGAACCCAAUGUGAACUUCCUCAUGUCGCUGUACCUCCACGAGUCCGUGACCCCGGAAACCAUCAUCGACGCCAAGAAACGCGGUGUCACCGGUGUCAAGAGCUACCCAGCAGGCGUUACCACCAACUCGUCCUCGGGUGUGGUGGAUUAUACCCAGUUUUACCCGGUCUUUGCAGAGAUGGAGCGUCAGGACAUGGUUCUGAAUCUUCACGGAGAGGUCCCUUCCACUGGCGAUGUGACCGUCUUGUCGGCGGAGGAGCGCUUCCUCCCCACCUUGUUGCAAUUGCACGAGCGUUUCCCCAAGCUCCGCAUUAUUCUGGAGCACUGCACUACAGCAGCUGCUGUAGAAGCCGUUAAGAAGUGCGGCCCUACUGUGGCAGCAACCAUUACCGCCCAUCAUCUUUCCAUCAUCAUCGACAACUGGGCUGGAGACCCGUUCUGUUUCUGCAAGCCUGUCGCUAAAACUCCUGCGGAUCGUGACGCUCUCCUGCGGACAGCAGCAUCUGGCAACCCCAAAUUCUUCUUCGGCUCCGAUAGUGCCCCUCACCCGGCAGCCUCCAAGAGGGGUGGAGACAAAAUCGCGGCGGGCGUCUUUACCCAGCCAUACACAACCCAGGUCGUGUUGGACUCCUUCGAGCAGGCAUGUGAAAAUGGCAUCCUGAAGGAGGAAGACAUCACCCCUGAGGUGGUUGAAGGCUUCAUGAGCAAAUUCGGCCGCCAGUUCUAUGGCAUUGGUGAGGAACAGAAGGAGUUCAUUACCCUCGAGAAGAAAGACGAAAAGAUCGUAAACCUUUUGCAGUCGGACAAAGUGGACGUGGUCCCAUUCAGACGGGACCAGCAGACAUGGAGCGUGUCCUGGUCUUCCUAA